GUUGUCCACGGAGAUAGAGUUAUAGUUUAGCUGACCCGAGACGGUAAUAUUAUUGCCUUCGUCAGCCUCAGUAUUUUGCGGUUGUAACUUUCAAUGGUGCUGGUUGACUAGAAUGGCUCUAACGGAGGAGAGGUCCAAAGCCAUAAUCGAAAAGAAUAUAAGUACUCCCUACUGCCCUCCCCUUUUCUGUGUUCAUUUUCAUCAUCAGUCAAAACAACAACAGCUUUCUUGACAUCUCUUUCUUCAAAGACAAAAAAAGCAAACAAACCGUUAUUAUUCACAAUGAAGUUCACUCAAGUCGCUCUAGGCGUAGCUGCCCUCAUGGGCGUUACCAGCGCCGCCAAAUCUUACAUUGACCUUAGCAACGGACUAUACACCAUCCCCGUUGUCAACGGCAGCCUCGACUUCGAGAGCGCCGUGCGCGACUGGGACGGAGUCACGGAGCUCAACAAGACAGACAAGCUCGCCGCGCGCCGUCCCCCGGGGCCCUGCGAGCCGCAGUUCCCGACGCGCAAGACGCUGUGCCGGUCGCGCAUGAUCAAGCGCGCCGAGUACCUGAGGGCGUACGCCAAGUUCAUCGACUGGAUCGAGAGCGGGCCCGACGGGGGCUGGAUCCCCAAGGGCAGCUGCAAGUCGCUGCUGUGGGGCAACGCGGUGGUGAGCGCGUGCUCGACUGGCGGCGUCAACCCGACCUGCCGCGCCGAGCUCGAGGAGGCCAUGCGCGAGGUCGACUCCAUCUGCUCCGCCGAGCAGGGCGGCGACAUCGUCAUCCGCCACUGGGCCAAGAGCUACGGCCGCCACAACGUCCGCGAUGGCGACAACCUCGACGGCGGCGACAACUAAGCUUUCAAGCGUGCGGGGGGAAACACGGGAUGUGAGCCCACCGCCGCUGUGAAGAGAGAUUAGGUGCAAGGGGGGGUGAUUGAUUUUGAAGUUUGAGUUUGGGACCCCGCGCACCGCACGGUUUAGCUAGGUAGCUAAUCCGUGUCCGUAACAAUGUUUGAUUGGUUUACGAUGGCCAAA